ACUCGCCCCGUCCAGCCCCCUCCUCCCCAUGAGGGUUUCCUCUUCUCCCUCUUCCCUCCCUCAGCAGCCUCUCCCAGUGUCCCCUUCCCUCCCUCGCUCCCCUCUCUCUCCAUCCUCCUCCUCUCUCCUGCAGCCCAGCACUGCUAACAGUCAGAACAGAGUACCUCCUGCUGUGGUCUCCCUGCCCGCCAGCUACAAGGGGACGCCAAACAUCCUUCCCAAGCCCAUCCUGAAGAAGUCUGUAGCUCCUCGUCCUUCUUCCUCUCGCUCCACAGAUGAUGACAUCCAGGGCUCCAAAGACGCCCUCAUCCAGGAUCUGGAAAAGAAGCUGCGCUCAAAGGAGGCCAGGAGGAGAACCAGCCAGAAACUGUCCUAUGAGGAGCGUAUGGCUCGUAGGCUGCUGGGUCCAGACAACGCCACCUACAUGUUUGACCAAGACAAUCUUUCAGACUCACAACUCGACCAGCCCGAGUCACCGGAAGGAAAACACACAGGUGGACUAUGGGGGAGGCACCACUCAGGGACAGAUGAGAGGGCAAACGAGGGUGCAGCUAUUCAGGAGAAAUGUUACGCUCCUCGCUUCCUGCAGAUACCCCCAGACCUCACUGUGGAGGAGGGACGCUUCUGUAGGAUCGACUUCAAGGUCGGAGGCCUCCCUACACCAGACGUCUGCUGGUAUCUGGACGGUAAAGCCAUUCGUCCAGACGACUACCAUAAGAUGCUGGUGUGUGAAAAGGGGAUGCACUCAUUCAUCAUAGAGAUCGUCACAGUGCACCAUGCUGGAGUGUAUGAGUGUGUGGCCAGGAACCGAGCCGGGGAGAGCAGGUUUACCAUGAAGCUUGAUGUAUUAGCCCAGGAGGCUCUCCGUCCUCCCACCUUUGUCCAGAAGAUGUUGAACUCCAGAGCUCUCGAGGGCGACACUGUUAGGUUAGAGUGUAAAGUGGACGCGUCCCCUACUCCACAGCUCUUCUGGAAGAAAGAUAAAGACAUGCUGCGCAUUGACCCACACAGAAUGAGUCUGUAUCAGGACGGUUCAGGCCGGCAGUGCUUGUUGAUAGAGCGGGUGAUGAAGUCGGAUGCUGGUUGGUACACUCUGUCUGCCAUAAAUGAAGCUGGCAUGUCCACAUGCAACGCCAGGCUGGAUGUAGGCACUCGCACAGCCCCGCCCAUGAAAACGGCGCCCCCUGGCUCGAAGACGCUGAAGCUGCUGUCCUCUCUGAGCCAUGUUCCUUCUCUGACUGUGGAGAGCCCCGCCCAGCACACCGCCCCGCUGUAUGAGAGUGAAGAGCUGUAGAGCCACUCUGAACCCCCCCGUCACAUCCUCAGAUCACUACCACGCAUCUCAGAACUGUCAAACCGGGCCGGAGAAACUGGAUCAGCUGUCACCCAGAGGCAGAUAUAGUACUAAUGCUCGAGCUUUGGUUCAGAAUACAACGUAACAGCACUGCAGCAGACGAGGACACAUUUCAGAAUGCUUCUGAGGCCGAGCCAGGUCAGGUUAAUCAAACAACCGACGCUCUGGUUGUAUUACUGUACGAGGCCGAGUAACAGAACGGUUUUAUUUCAAAUUUCUUUAAGACAUUUUGCCUAAUUUUCAAGAUUAGGGUACAGUUUGUGAAAAUCUCUAAAAGAAACUGUGACACGGCAUUUAAGAUUUUUUCCCUCCAUCCAUUAGAUAGUGUUUUAAAAUAACACAGCCCUAACCAUAAGGAGCACUUGGUCGCCUCUCGGUGUCCAUCUGCCGCUGUUUGUCACUGCUGUGCCGUCCUUUCCCUGUUGUUUCAGGCUGCAGAGCUCAUGUUUGAUACAUGCCUGUAAGCCUCUCUGCUCUGCCCGUCUGUCCAGUCUGCUCUCAGUAAAAUGGUUUGUCUCGGCCAUGGAUGUAUUAAUAGACCUGGAUACGGUGUGGCAGUCAGCCCCGCUGCCAGUUUGAUCCCAGCAGCCAACCACAAACCGUUUUCCCCACAGUGUACGCGCUUCCUUUAAAUCCUUUAAAAACAGUUUCCAGCUAAUCUAGGUUAGAAAGGAGGAAGCAACCUAGAUUAACUACAGUACCCACAACCCUUCGCAGCCAACAUCUAUCACUGCACUUUAAUUCUGGCACCUGUCCGCCUCCUCCAGCACCUGCUCUUUCUUUUCCUCCAGCUUGUAACUGAACGAGGAUACAUUUGUGUUUGAGCCUCCGAGUGUAAGUUUUUGCCUCUGAUGAUGCGUGUCUGUAAAGCUCCAUUAACUGGAACAGAAAAUCCGAUUUUAAACUGCCCCCCCCCCCCCCCCCCCCUCCCUCCUUGUUUAAAUGCCACAACUGGUUACUGCUCAGAUUUUCUUCUGUGGUAUAAAUUCACUAUAUGUGUUUUUAAAGUUGGUUUCUAAUAUACGGUGUACGUGAAUUAAGCUAUUUAUUUGAACUUCAGUUAUUAGCUAUCAGUGUCGGGUUGCCCCUCUCGUGGCCUGAGAAAGGCUGCAAACAGAGGUGUACAAUGUCCACGAGUUAAGACAGGCUGACGUCCUGAUACCCAGCCUCUACUGCUGAACCAAAACCUGACCUGCACUCAAACCAACGCUCAGUCCUAACUUAAGAAAAGUUUACAUUUUCUCACAUCUGCAGUGCAGAUAAGACGUUUUUAAAUUUUACUAGAGGAGAAAAACAUUUUUCUCCUUCAAUGCAUGUAUGCAUCGUUAAUUCAGUAUGUUCAGAUGGAAAAUAGGUAUCAGUAUGUCAGCCUGUGCCCAAACUCUCCAUUUGUGACCAGAGCCUUGCAGAAAAAGAUCUACAGAGGCUUGGUUUGCCUGCUUACCUUGGAACUGCUUGUUGUUACUGCCAGACACAAACUAAUUUCACAGAAACCUGGGAUUUUUAGCUGGAUCUGCAUGCAAACUGAAAAUCUGGUAUUUAACCCUGUGUGGCCACAGCUCGGUCGGCCCAUAAACUCUGAGACUAAGGUCACAAGAUGAAAUUCUUGUGGUUUAAAUGCAGCGUAUUUGGGCCGCAUUUGAACAGGAACAUUUAAACUGCCUUUCACUGGUUUUAAGAUGUAGUAUUUCUACAGUUUGUGGCGGUGUUUGGAUCAAACAGGGUUAAACAUUGGAUUUGCUUGAAGCCCCAGAAUAGAGAUGGUAAGUUAGGUCCUUUCUGUUGAGAUUUGAAACUGCAGGUAUUAGUGUGAAUCCUCCUUAAGUACUGUUUGUUGUGUAAGAACUUCUACAUAUCACUGUAUGAAUGAGGAAUAAAGUUAAUGUGACCUUGGCUUUA